CGUCAAGUUGCGCGCGCACGGCAUCGCCGGUUUUUUCUUAAGUGGAACACCUCACCGCGUCAAGUCAACCUCGACCAAACCACCACCUUCAACCAGCAACCCUCCACAGGCAACUCUCUCCAUUAAAGACGAUGCAGAUCACUAGAGUACUCCGCGCUUCUACUUACACUCCCUCCAUUCGCUUCUUGGGCAGGCGCACCAUUCCGAAGAACAUUGAUCACUCUCUCAAGCCUCACCCCGAGGGCCCUCGCGAGUUCCCCGACUCCUUCAUCAAGUACCGUUCGUCCGCCCAACAGCACGGACCUCUCGGCAACAACGGUCGGGACGCUUCCACCUCUCCAAAUGCUCAGUCACAGGGUAGCCUGUUCAUGGACCGCGACGAGUUGCCUGCCCGCUUCCGCAGGAUGGUUAUGACUGCUGCCGAGAUGGAGGCCGUCGAGACCGGUGGUGCUACCAUCGUCUGGUAAGCGACAGCUGCCAAGAGCCGGUGAUCUAGGAGACGAAUGAUGCUCUUUGCUGGAUCGAAUUGUAUCAUUAUCAAAAAGGUGCG